UCAGUGCAUGACGUGGUCUAAAUGGCGUACUAUUAAAGUCGGUCGAAUUUGAAUUCUCUUUGAAUCUAUUGCAAGCUUUCCGACUCAACAUCAUGAAGAAGUCAUACCUCGAAUAUGUGAUCGAGCAAUGGUCCGUGGUGCCCCUAGUGGAGACCUAUCUGGGAAAACAGUUCUUGUUGUCGGCGCAAAUGUAGGCAUUGGACUCGAGGCGUCAAAACACUUUGCCCGUAUGCAACCAGCGCGAUUGAUAAUCGCCUGCCGUAGCGAGGCCAAGGGGAAGGUCGCUUUGGCUGAAAUCGAACGAGAGACCGGAUACAAUGGAUGCGAGCCCUGGAUAGUCGACCUUGCUAAUUUUGCAUCAGUGAUCGCAUUUGCAGAUAAAUUCAAGAGGGAGGGCGGCGAUUUGCAUAUACUGGUCAUGAAUGCAGCGAUCGCGCUGCCCGUUUACCAACCUACCAUUGAUGGCUGGGAGACCAUACUACAAGUCAAUUACCUGGCAACAUCAUUGCUUUCGUUGCUCCUCAUUCCACAACUAGUUGCUGCAGGGAGAAAGUCUACAGUACCUUCACGGAUGGUGAUUGUGUCCAGUGGUGUCCUCUACUGGCUUACGCCCGCGAAAGAGAUCGAGACUUCCUUGAAACCACUUGAAACGCUGGGCAGCGAAGAGUGGUGUAUCCCCAACCACAUGCAAUCCCGGUAUUCUGAAUCAAAGCUAUUGAACCUCUUCUUCGUUCGUGCUUUGACGGACAGGUUACGAUCCGUCACACCACUCAGUACCAUAGCCGUGACUCCAGGAUUCUGUUAUUCACAACUACGGCGCGUCUGGUACGAGAAACCGACCUUUUCAUUUGUCAAAAUAGUGCUCGCUAUUCAUGAGCGUCUUCUGGCGUGGACGGCUGAACAAGGCAGCCGCCAGCUUAUAUUUGCUGCGGUGGGCGGACGAGACGAUGAAGAGAAUAUGAAAGGCGGGUUUGUAAGCCGUGGUCGCCUCGUGGAGGUUGCCGAUUUUGUGCUGAGCGACGAGGGUCAUAGAAUGCAGGACACUGUUUGGAAUGAAACGAUAGACAUUCUGAGCGGCGUUUCCGACAAGAUUUCUCCAAUAGUCCGGGAUUAUCUAGUAGUACCUGACUCGUCCAUAAACUGAUGGCAUGUGUAUCAGUUGUGCGCCUUUCGCUAUCUUGAGUGUUCCUUUUAUAUUGUCUGCUCUGGUGAUUUUGUCUCCUG